AUGUCGCCUCCACUACCUUCUACUGCCACCACCACUUCCACCAUUAUCACCACUGCCGCUAACUUUCACCACUGCCACUGCCUUCCACCACCACCUCUAUUAUUUUUCACCAUCAUCAUUGCGACCACCACAGUCACCAUUACCGCCACCAUUAUUGUCGUCGUCACCACCACCGCUUUCCAUCACUGUCACCUUCUCGGCUUUCCACCACCGCCUCUUCUACUACCACCACUAUCGCCUUUCACCACUUUCGUCACCUUCCACCACCACUACAAAGCUGCCCCUUCCAUUGCCUUCACCACAUCCACCGCCACCAUCACCGACUCCAUCACUGCCACUACCACCACCAACUUUCACCACCACUACUACCUUCUACCUCCACCACCAUAA